CCAGCUAUGGCAGCAAAGCGGAAAGAGUCUGAGGUUUGGGCAUACUUCAAUAUUAUCGCUGAUACUCCACACAUUGCUAAAUGUUCUUUGUGCUCUACUAAGAUUGCGAGAGGUAAAGCCGAUGCAGCAAAGAAAGCUUAUUCUGUUAAGGGUCUUUGGGACCACUUAAAUUCCAAGCACAAGGAGCAACACAAACUAGCGAAAGCUGCUCAAGAAGAAUAUACAUCUAAGAAGCAGAAGCUGGAUAAUGAGGUCCUUGCAGCCAAGAGUCGACUCUACCAACUUGAACAGGCGCAGCCAUCGCUUCAAGAUUUCCUGACAAGAAACCAGGAAUGA